AUACGUCCUCAAGUUGUCUCUUGGAAUGGGGUUUGGAUUCAUAUCUCUACUUAUGGGAAUUGGGUGGUUGUAUUUCAGCCAUCAGAGAAGAAAGAUUAUCAAAAUGAGGGAGAAGUUCUUUCUUAAAAAUGGUGGCAUGUUGUUGAAACAACAACUCGAUUCAAAUGCAGGUGGUGGUGUCAACCACUCGACUAAAAUUUUCACAACCGAAGAGCUCGAAAGAGCAACGAAAAACUUUUCUAACGAUAUGAUUCUUGGUCGCGGUGGCUAUGGGACCGUGUAUAAAGGGAUCUUGCCUAACGGAAAUAUAGUCGCGAUAAAGAAAUCACGAGUUAUGGAUGAGAGUCAGAUUGAACAAUUUAUUAAUGAGGUGGUCAUUUUUACUCAAAUCAAUCAUCGAAAUGUUGUAAAUCUUUUGGGUUGUUGCUUGGAGACUGAAGUCCCGUUGCUAGUUUACGAGUGUGUUUCUAACGGUACUCUCUUCCAUCAUAUCCACACUAAUGGUGGAAUGGCGUGGUUAUCUUGGGAUAAUCGUUUAAGAAUAGCUAUCGAGUCUGCUGGAGCACUUGCGUAUCUUCACUCCGCGGCAUCAAAGCCCAUUAUCCACCGCGAUGUGAAAUCCGCCAACAUAUUAUUAGAUGAUAACCUAGUCACCAAAAUUUCUGACUUUGGGGCUUCAAGGUUGAUACCCUUGGAUAAAGAACAAGUAACUACAUUGGUUCAAGGGACGUUAGGGUAUUUAGAUCCCGAAUACUUUCACACCAGUCAGUUAACAGACAAGAGUGACGUUUAUAGCUUUGGAGUCGUGCUUCUAGAGCUUUUGACGGGUAAGAAGCCACUUUGCAGGGAGCGAAGUCAAGUUGAAAGAAACUUAACCACCUAUUUCCUCAAUGCUUUGAGAACAGGAACCCUUUUUCAAAUUCUUGACCCCCGGGUUAUUAGAGAGGGCUCGUUCGAGCAACUCCAAGAAAGCGCUUCGCUUGUUAAGCGAUGUCUCAAUAUUCAUGGCUUUAACCGACCAACGAUGAAGGAAGUAGCUAUGGAACUCGAGCGAUUAAGAAGAUUCACGAAGCAACCAUGGGUUGACCAACAAGGUAGUCAAGUUGGUUUGGUUCGAAUGAAUGAGGGGGAAACUUCAGAUCUUUAUGGCGACUCGAUAAAUCCAUAUAUGGACUCAAUAAAGCUAUCAAGUCACUAUACUUCUGAUGAAGUUGGCUUGUUAUACCCUGCUAAUGAACCUAGAUGA